AUGUUGGUCUCUGGAUGUCAGCUUCAGCGCGCCCCGUGGAGAUGCAGCGUGUCGGUCCACGAGGCGGUCCAGAAAGCUUCCAGGACUGGACAGGCAGUAUCCUCCAGCAGUUCCUCGCGAAUCUCCCGACUGGGCCAAAUGGCGGUGUGGCUGGCGCUGGCCAAAAGACCGCGACCGAGAUAUGUAGCCUGCUCGGACGGAGGUUUGCCAGAGAAGAGAAGGAGGCUUCCGAAAUAUGCUGUGAGAGUUCUGAUGGGCUUCGUCCUUGGCGAGAUCAUGGGACCUGCGACGUUUGCAGGCGGUUGGGCUUUCUUGAUGGCAUAUACUGGCGUCGUUUAUCUCAUCUCGAUUGAGUACUCCCGACUGAUUGCCGGUGUGCUGGAGCCCCCGCCUGUAAGGGCCCAGCGCUGGGCUCUUUUCCUUGUAAGUGCCUCCAUCCUCCUGGCUGCCCACUGCAGAGUGCUUACCGGCAUCUUUGAAUGUGCCGCGGUCACUCUACUGGUUCUGCUCUUACUACUCCAAGGAAACAUUAGGAUGCCAGAUGGUUCAUCACCAAUUUCGUUUUCUCACAUCGCUUCCCAAGUUUUCGGCGUGUUUUACGUCGGCUACUUGCCAUCCUUCUGGGUUCGCUUGCGCGCUAUCGGUCCUGCUCUACCCAGUGGUGCACCAACAGGCUUUCUGACUGACUUUGUCCGCCUGAUCCGAUGGCCCCUGGAGCGCAGUGUCGGUUGCUGCGUUACGGUCUCUUGCGUGCUGUGUAUCAUCGCAGCAGAUUCUUGCGCCUAUUUCGGAGGCAAGCACUUUGGCAAGCGGCCGCUCAUCGUGGUCAGUCCAAACAAAACGCAAGAGGGAGCCUACUGCGGUUUGUUGGGCUCUGUUCUCAUGGCACUCCUUUGCGACAAGGCGUGGGGUUUCCCGUCCGACCCACUCAUCUCCGGGCUGGUCGGAGCACUCAUCUUCUGCGCGAGCCUUCUGGGAGACUUGGUCGUUUCUGCUAUGAAACGAGACGCUCAAGUAAAGGACACAGGAUCACUCAUCCCAGGGCACGGCGGCAUUUUGGACCGCUUUGAUUCCUACUUCUUUGCUGCCCCUGUCGCAUACUUCUGCUGGUACGCCUAUUUGAAGUAUCACAGCAACUUGCCACCUUCUCUGAUUCGCUUCAAGUCCUAG